AUGACAAUUGAUAUGUCAGAUAAUGAGGAUGAAAGUGAUGACUAUGCAUAUCGUGAAGUAGAGUUACAGAAAAGACCAGUUAUUAAUAAAGAAAAAGAAGCCAAGGAAAUGAACCGAUUUGCCGGCGUAUUCUCAUCGAAAAUUGUACUAAUGCAAGAUAAGAAACCUUUAAAAUUAAAAUUCUACGAUAAACAAAUGAGAUAUGAGCAACUGCGAGAAACCGUCAGACAAAGAGCAUAUAAUAGAGAAGAGCGACCCGAAAAGCCUAAAUUAGUCGAGCUUCAAUCUUAUCCAGGAUAUGAUUCUCAUCAUGUAACUCGUUUACCAGAAAAUAUUUCUGUAUCAAGUCAGCUAAGACGAAUAUCAGAAGCUCAGGAUGAUUUAAAAAAGAAGCCCCGUUAUAGAGCUGAAUUCGUAAAAUGUUUUCAUUCCGAAAUAUCAGAAGCUAUUAUGCAGGAUACAUUCUGGUGGUUUUUUCUUUAUCGAUAUCAGCCUAGUAAAUACACACAGGACAAAAUUUUUAACCGAAUUGCUUAUAAUUACGUCAAAUUAUUAACCUUUGCCAGAAAUCCUCUAUAUAGAGAUGUUUUCCUUCAGUCCUAUCCAGAUUUAGUAUGCCAAACUAUUUAUAGUACAUUUUGUGAAGCCUUUCCAACGUCUUGGCGUCAAUACAACGAAAACUUUAAAACAGAAUUAACAAAUCUAGUAACACUGUGGAUGACAGGAAAUAAACCCUACCCUCGAUCAUGGAGUAAAUGGCCUUAUAGUAGAUUAGAGCCAGCCAUUGUUCAGAAAAGAGAAGCUCAAGCGAAACAAGAAAAAGUCCCAGCCUUAAACUUUAACAUUAUUCAUAAAAUAUCGCAAUCGAAUGGUACGAAUAGCAAUCAAGAAAGUAGCAAAGAAUCAUCUGAGCAAAACUCACAAGAUGGAAAACGAAGCCGACAAGGUAGCAUGUCAUCUUUUCCUGGUAAUAUAACUCCUUUACCAUCAAAUCGUCGACUACGGAACGAUGGUACAAGAAUUAUUGUUGGAACUAAAAAUAACCCUAAGAAAAUUAUCAAAUUAAAUCCUAAUUUUAGAAGACACCGAAGCCAAUCACAUCCAGCAACGAAAGGCCCUGAAUUCGAAAAAUCGAUCUUUAAUAUUCAUGGCCAUAGCCCCUUAGUAGAACAAUAUAUGAGAAUGAAACAAUUACGAAAAUCCAAUCAUCCUGUAGUUUAUAUCCAUCGAACUGAUAUUAAUAAAUUGCCACCCGUCGAUGCAUUAACUUACCAAGACGUAAUUAAAGACUCCAGAAAUACGGCACAUGCCAUCGAGAAACAUUUCGAAAAAUUUACAAAAUCAAUUGAACAAGAUCAGACUACUUUCGCUCUGGAACAGCACCAUGAAUAUCUCAAUUAUAGAAAACGACAAGAAAUACUCUUAGAACAGCCUCGUGAAAUUAAAAGGCUUAGCGAUGUAUUGAAAUUAGAAGCCGCGCAACGAGAUUAUAUUGGUUAUGGCAAGCAUUCAUCAUCGGUACUUCGUGCUGCAUUAGAAGCUAUUAACUUGGAUGAAGUUCAAGAAUAA